UAACAUCACACUCAGGCUGGAUCACUGGUUAACACUUGUUCCCUAUUUCAGGUGUCAUUUGCGAGGUUUUGUUUCGUACGUUUUAUGUGUGCGAAAUAUAUGUAGCAUUGAGGUGUUGGUAACUAGGCUGGUGGCCCCAAAAAGUCUGUUGUCACCGUGAGGAAUUAUUCUGAGGCACUGUAACAUUCACCAAAUCUAAAUGGACUCACCUGGUCCAAACGAUGUUGAGGUGAACCCAGUAGGAAGUGAGAAGAUGGAAUGUCCUGUGCUGACUCAACCUGGCCUUGGUGAAACCACGACCACAGUGACCACCGUCACUCAGACAGGAGGAGACUGGAGCACAGGACUGUUUGAUGUGUGCGGUGAUGCCAGCACAUUGCUGAUGGGUACGUUUGUACCCUGUUGUUUGGAUCUGAGUCUGGCUCAUCAGUAUGGAGAAUGCAUGUGUCUGCCUCUGCUGCCCGGCUCUACCUUUGCCAUGAGGGUGGGCAUCAGAGAGCGCUUUAAGAUCCGGGGCAAUGUGUGUGAGGACUGGAUGACGGUGUAUUGCUGUUACCCUCUGGCCCUCUGUCAAAUGAUCAGAGAGAUGAAGAGGAGGCUGAAGACACAGAUCUACACAGUGUCUACUGCACUGGAAAGCUCCUGAGAAUGGCUAAAAGACUGAAGGCCAUCAUUGCUGUCAGGAUGUUUAUUACCCGGGGUCCUGAACUUCACGCAGGGUUAGACAUAUCAGUACUCUCUGCUUGAAGAUUGAUGCCGCUGACAUUUCAUUCUGACUGCGAGACGGAGUGACAUAUGGGUGGAGAGACGGAUGAGAGGAGAAGAGCUGUCUGAUUUCUGGGACGGUGUAUGCUUUGAUUUCAGAUCGCUCUUUCACAGUACAUAAACAUAUGCCUGUACCACUAUAUGGAUUCUGUCAGCUUUUAAUCGUAUUUUAAAGACAAAACUGAUUUUUUAUAUCUCAUCUGCUCUACAAUAAAGUGUUUUUAAACAAUUUA